CAUUAGCUCACUAUAAUCAGUACAACCUUCAAAAAAUAAUUUUACACACAUCAUAGGUGUCUUUUACAAUCUAUGUAAUAAUCUGAAUGCAUUAUUUGUCACCAGUAAUUGAAAACAUGGGAAUAAACUGUAAAUACAUUAUGCUCCAUACACACAUACAUAAUGUUUGCUACAGUAGAAACGACAACACGAUAUACAGAAAUUAAGGCACUUACUUUGAUAGGAACACACACAUGUCCAAUGGAAUUAUUUGUAAGGAAAACAACAAGGAAGGCAAUGCGAGCGCCAGUUCGCAUUGCCAAUUCGCGUUCCUAGGAAACUAUGCAGUUUUUUGUUUUUUUUACGUGUUAUUUCUUACAUUGGUACCCCAGGUCAUCUUAGGUUUCAUUACAUACAGUCGAGAAGAACUACUGAACAUAAGAGCAGCGUCAACUCACCAUCAGUACGACCAAGAAUAUGACUUUCGUGAAGCGGAUCCUGUGUUCUGCCUUUCACCCAGGACAACGGAAUGGAUCCCAGCCAGCGACCCAAAAAAACGACUUCGUAAAAGGGGGAAACGGAGCGGUCUUCUGGUCAGACUCCGGAGACGGGCACAUCGUGCAACACUCCCUAGCAUUCUUCUCGCCAAUGUCCAGUCUCUUGACGACAAGAUUGAUGAAAUCCGAGCAAGGGUAGCAUUCCAGAGGGACAUCAGAGACUGUAACGUUCUUUGCUUCACGGAAACAUGGCUCACUGGAGAGACGCUAUCGGAGUCGGUGCAGCCAGCUGGUUUCUCCACGCAUCGCGCCGACAGAAACAAACAUCUUUCUGGUAAGAAGAGGGGCGGGGGCGUAUGCUUCAUGGUUAACGUGACGUGGUGUGGCCACAACAACAUACAGGAACUCAAGUCCUUCUGUUCACCUGAUUUAGAAUUCCUCACAAUCAAAUGUCGACCGCAUUAUCUACCAAGGGAAUUCUCUUCGAUUAUAAUCACAGCCGUAUAUAUUCCCCCCCAAGCAGACACAUCGAUGGCUCUGAACGAACUUUAUUUGACUCUUUGCAGACUGGAAUCCAUAUAUCCGGAGGCUGCAUUCAUUGUAGCUGGGGAUUUUAACAAGGCUAAUCUGAAAACAAGACUCCCUAAAUUAUAUCAGCAUAUCGAUUGCACAACCAGGGCUGGAAAAACCUUGGAUCAUUGCUAUUCUAACUUCCGCGGUGCAUAUAAGGCUCUGCCCCGCUCUCCUUUCGGAAAAGCUGACCACGACUCCAUUUUGUUGAUCCCUGCCUACAGACAGAAACUAAAACAAGAAGCUCCCGCGCUGAGGUCUGUUCAACGCUGGUCCGACCAAUCUGAUUCCACACUCCAAGACUGCUUCCAUCACGUGGACUGGGUAUGUUUCGUAUUGCGUCAGACAACAACAUUGACGAAUACGCUGAUUCGGUGAACGAGUUCAUUAGAACGUGCGUUGAAGAUGUCGUUCCCAUAGCAACGAUUAAAACAUUCCCAAACCAGAAACCAUGGAUUGAUGGCAGCAUUCACGUGAAACUGGGGCGGCAGCGUAGCCUAGUGGUUAGAGUGUUGGACUAGUAACCGGAAGGUUGCGAGUUCAAACCCCCGAUCUGACAAGGUACAAAUCUGUCGUUCUGCCCCUGAACAGGCAGUUAACCCACUGUUCCCAGGCCAUCAUUGAAAAUAAGAAUGUGUUCUUAACUGACUUGCCUGGUUAAACAAAGGUAAAAUAAAAUAAAAAAAUAAAACAAAAAACUGAAAGCGCGAACCACUGCUUUUAAUCAGGGCAAGGUGACCGGAAACAUGACCGAAUACAAACAGUGUAACUAUUCCCUCCGCAAGGCAAUCAAACAAGCUAAGCAUCAGUAUAGAGACAAAGUAGAAUCUCAAUUCAACGGCUCAGACACAAGAGGUAUGUGGCAGGGUCUACAGUCAAUCACGGAUUACAAAAAGAAAACCAGCCCCGUCACGGACCAGGAUGUCUUGCUCCCAGGCAGACUAAAUAACUUUUUUGCCCGCUUUGAGGACAACACAGUGCCACUGACACAGCCCGCAACUAAAACAUGCGGACUCUCCUUCACUGCAGCCGACGUGAGGAAAACAUUUAAACGUGUCAAACCUCGCAAGGCUGCAGGCCCAGACGGCAUCCCCAGCCGCACCCUCAGAGCAUGCGCAGACCAGCUGGCUGGUGUGUUUACGGACAUAUUCAAUCAAUCCCUAUCGCAGUCUGUUGUUCCCACAUGCUUCAAGAGGGCCACCAUUGUUCCUGUUCCCAAGAAAGCUAAGGUAACUGAGCUAAACGACUACCGCCCCGUAGCACUCACUUCCGUCAUCAUGAAGUGCUUUGAGAGACUAGUCAAGGACCAUAUCACCUCCACCCUACCUGACACCCUAGACCCACUCCAAUUUGCUUACCGCCCAAAUAGGUCCACAGACAAUGCAAUCUCAACCACACUGCACACUGCCCUAACCCACCUGGACAAGAGGAAUACCUAUGUGAGAAUGCUGUUCAUCGACUACAGCUCGGCAUUCAACACCAUAGUACCCUCCAAGCUCGUCAUCAAGCUCGAGACCCUGGGUCUCGACCCCGCCCUGUGCAACUGGGUACUGGACUUCCUGACGGGCCGCCCCCAGGUGGUGAGGGUAGGCAACAACAUCUCCUCCCCGCUGAUCCCCAACACGGGGCCCCACAAGGGUGCGUUCUGAGCCCUCUCCUGUACUCCCUGUUCACCCACGACUGCGUGGCCACUCACGCCUCCAACUCAAUCAUCAAGUUUGCGGACGACACAACAGUGGUAGGCUUGAUUACCAACAACGACGAGACGGCCUACAGGGAGGAGGUGAGGGCCCUCGGAGUGUGGUGUCAGGAAAAUAACCUCACACUCAACGUCAACAAAACUAAGGAGAUGAUUGUGGACUUCAGGA